GCUCCUUUCGAACAAAACUUCCGUAUUGACACAGCCAUUAUUUACCUAUGAAAUACAGGUGUGUAUUUGACAAAUUAAACAAAAAAGCUUUAAAUAACCCGAGUGAUCGGGGGAAAUUUAACUUAAACGCAAGAAAUAUAAACAUUUAAACAAAAAUGCCCUUAUUUGGCAAGAAAGCUAAGCAGGCGAAGGGAGCUAUCGAUGAAAAUCAGACCAUUUCUCAAUCCGUGACACGCCCAGGCGAAGAAUCACCGGCUUCAAAUGGCACCGCGAAGAACGAAGUGACCCAGAAAAAUGAGGCCCCAACGCCUCAGCCGAGGCCCAAACUGGUGUUUCACUGUCAACAGGCCCAUGGCAGCCCAACAGGGAUUAUUUCUGGCUUCUCAAAUGUAAAAGAACUCUACCAAAAGAUAGCAGAGUGUUAUGACAUGGAGACUGAUCAGAUCCUGUUUUGUACAUUAAAUACGCACAAAAUUGAUAUGAGUCGGCUACUAGGAGGGCAAAUUGGCCUGGAAGACUUUAUAUUUGCCCACAUCAAGAGUCAACCAAAGGAAGUUGAUGUAACGAAAUCAGAAGAUGCCCUCGGACUUACUAUAACAGACAAUGGUGCAGGUUACGCCUUUAUCAAACGAAUAAAAGAAGGCAGUAUUAUGGACAAAACACCUUUAAUAGCAGUUGGGGAUCAUAUUGAGAAAAUAGACGGGAAGAGUUUAGUCGGAUGUCGACAUUUCGAAGUUGCAAAAAUGUUAAAAGAAAUUCCGAAGGGGAAAACAUUCACAAUUCGGACUGUGGAGCCAAUGAAAUCAGGUUUUUCAUUUGUUGGCAAGUCAACGGGAAAGAAGGGAAGCAGUGGUUUAGGCACAGGCAAACAGACCCUCCGCAUAAGUUCCAAGGGAGAGGCUAAAGUCGAAGAGGCUGAAGAGUAUGUUAGCAUGGCUGUGGACAAGAUCAAUGGACUACUGGAGUCUUUUAUGGGCAUCAACGACACUGACCUUUCCCAGCAGAUAUGGGAAGCUGGCAGUGGCAAAGAUAAUCCUCACGACUUUGCCAUGGCAAUCGACAACUCAGAUUUACAAGAUUUCGGCUUCACAGAUGAUUUCGUGUUCGACUUAUGGGGGGCGAUUUCCGACGCAAAAUCUGGUCGCCUUGCAAAGCCAAAUAUUCAAGAAUUCAGUGAAGAUUUUUAACAACAGCUACACAAACAAAAUAUAUAUCUUCAUGAGCGUGUUAUUUUUCGAGGGUUUAGUGUCACAUUUCAUCGUUCUUAUCAUCAUUUUUGUGCCAAUCUGUGACUUCGUGAAUUGUUUGUGCAAAAACCUACAAAUGUACUCCAAAUGGUAUAUUAUUACACCAAAAGAAUAAUUGUAUAACCAAAUCAGAGAAAUUUUAUUUACAUAUGAAUUUUUUUUUAUUUACUUUGACAGAUAAUAUGGUUAAUAAUGAUUUAAUCAUACAGCUUGUCUCACAAAAGAAUAUGUCAUAUUUAAGAGUGCGUUUUCUCAGAAAUCCAACUAUCGAUAUAUAAUGCACAUCUUUUCUACUGCAUCAUUUCAGCCAUAUGUAGAGCACCAAAUGAACUUUGUGUCUUAUUCAUUGAUUGUUAUCAUUUAAUGAAUGGUUUGAUUGUAAAUUCUCCAUUUAUCGACCUGAAUUUGCCAGGGAUAGUUUUUAUUCCAUGUGAAAGUGUUAACAAUAUUUAAGUGUUCACACUUCCACAUUCUGCUGCUGUUUGGUUCUUUAUUUUUUGUCCUUGCUUUAUUCAUUCAUUCAUUCAUUCAUACUAUAAGAGAUAAAUCUACUUGAGUCAUUGUUUAUGCCAUGAAACAGUCUUUGCCAGUAGCAACGUUAGUGCAUAAUUAUUGUCUUAAAUUACACUUUCCUAUUUUUCAUUUCGUUCUAACAUAUGAAUAAUGUUAACAUUUGAAACAGUAGAAAUGAUGUGUAUACAAUGUUCACAUUAUUUGCAUGCAUUCAGUCAGUUAUGCGUGAUAAUUUCUACAUUAUUUGCUUAAAGGAUUAACAUGGAUAAGACUAAGGCUUAUCAGCUUUUGACUGUUGUGGAACAAGUUUAUGUACUAUUCCUUUGAUUUAUUUUGAAGAAGAAGUGUGUAUUAGUUACGAAGUCUGUGACACUCCAGGCCCUUUAUUUUGGUAAAUACAUACUUACAACCUUUAACCAGCUUAGUGAUUGAGAUUAUAUUUUGUCUACUGACCCAGCCUCUUAAAAUCUCCUGAUUCACCUGAUGAAAAUAAAUAAAGGCUGACUGCUGAUUUGGCCCACUAAAUGUAUAGCACAAUUCAAUUUAAUCACCCAAUAAUCCAAUUGGACAAAAUAUAAAUUCGAACACUGAUAAUUAUUAUGGUUGAUUAAACAGUUAUGUUUUUUUUGUUUGAAUGCAUGUUUAACCUUUUGUGUUCACAGAUAAACUGUGUCCAUCUCAGUUAUAUUGUUUGAUUGAAGGUUGCUCAAUUGUGGUGUCAGAUUAAUAAGAGUUGGCCUAUAUCUACAAAAUUAUUCUAUAUCUUACAAGACUUAGAAUGUCAAAUAUUUAAUCUUUUUUAAAUGUUUCAUGAUACAGUAGGUAAAAUAUCAUCUGCAGGAAUAAUUAUUUAAGCAAUUAAUACCAUCAUUGUACAUUAAACUGCUAUAAAAAAAACAGUGGAUUUUAUAUUUUCAAGAGUCUGACGUUCGACUUUGAAUUGAAUUGAAUAAUAACCUAGUGUUUUAGCAAUGGCUAUUGUGGUAGUUUGUUGUUUUAAAGUCAUUAGUUAUUUUGUACAACUAACCCAUCCUUAUAUUGAAAAAUCACGGUUGUGAAAUUUAAUUUUUUACAAACAUUUAGGUGUGAGUGUGUUCCGCUUAACGGUUAAAUGGGCAAUAGGAAUUUUAUAGAAAAUAUAUAAUUAAAUUUAUCAUGUUAUGGUAUAUAAAGAGCAUUCAGGCAAGGAAUGGUUAAAGGUUGUUAGAAAAUACUUACAAAAUUAAAUGGUUUGAAUUAACGCAGUCGCAUAACCAUUUAUCUUGUGUUAGUACAUACUCACAAUCAGUUAUUUUUUUAGUGGUCUACAAUUUAUCGGUAAACUACUUACUAAAUUGGCCAGUCACUAUAUCUACCAGUUCAUCCAAUGUAAAUCAUGGCUUAAUGCUGAUUUACUGAAAUAAAUGUAUUGGCCAUAUUCAGAAAUACUGCCUUUUCGUUGGACAAAAUAAAAUAAUAUGUUGACCACUAAAUGAGCCAAAAGUCAAUUUAAAAGACUUGCAUUUGACUCCAAACUCCAUGUAUCGAGUUCAUCAUCUUAAAUAUGUUUGAUUCAAACAGACUUAUUUGACAGAUAUGUACAUUUUUAUCUGUUUUCAUAAUAUUUAUUCUUGUUUAUUUUAUGCUUUAUAUUGCGAAGAGGCUUUAUAGAAACAUUCCAGUGAUUGCAUAUCAAUUAUUCAUGGCUACUUGUAAAGUUGGCAUGAUUAUGGACAGGAAGUAUUCAAUGUAUUUCAGACUUGUUUUUUGUGAAGCAAUUUAAUAGCAUUUUCUAUACAUUGAAAAGCAGUGAGUAAUUUAUUCUAUGAAUGAGCACUGAUAAUGUACUUUUAUUUCAAAGUUUUCUUUUAUUAUAUACUAUUCACAUUCCGAACUUUGUGGGAUUGCCUAAGGAUUAGGAGUUUGUAUACCAUACAUGUGAAAUAAUAUUUUUGAUACUCCAAAUUUUAUAAAAGGUAGAGUUUUAGUGAGGUUGAAUGUUUUGUAUUUAUGUUUUAUUGUAAAGUAUUUCAAAUUUUAUCGAGUAUUGUAGAGUGGUACAUUUUUGUGUUGUGAUACAUUUAUAACUUACGUUGUCUUUUGUGAUAUCUUGAUUUUUAAACCAUUUGGCAAAAUAGUUAUAUUGGCCAUCUUGCACAAUGUUAUUACAAAGUCAUGUCUGUUCUUUGCAUAUACAUGUACAUACACAAAUCAAAAUGCCUAAGAUGCAUUGAUCAAGGGGUGUAUAUACCAUGUGGUUUUAAUGUUAUAAGUAAAUUAUUUUUAGCAAUUAGUAUUUAGGGCAUUUUUCAGCCAGACAAUAUGCAUUGAUUUGUACUGAGCUUUUCCCCCAAUGCUGUGCAAUGCGACAAUAGUAGAUACAAAAUGACUGCAAAGAUAUUAUAUAAGAGUGUAUAGGCAUGGAAUGCACAUUUAUUUGAUCAUGCCAUUGGGAAUUCAUCAAUAAGCGUAGGAACCAGUGAGAUUAUUAGUCUUGUAAGGUUUUUUAGCCAUAGUGUACAGGAGGAUGUAACCCUGGUUAGAGCUUCUCUUGAUCUUUGAUUUGCAACAGUGUAUGGCAGUGUCACACGGGACAUCCAACUUAACGCCCCUCACUGAAAGAUGGUUAUUGUUGUUAGUGCCGUAGUUUGGAAAUGAACCUGCAACGCCUUGAUUGACAGUCAAGUGCCUUACUAGGUUGUCUGGCUAGCGCAGUUGUUAGCGCACUCACUUCUUACCAAGGCGACUGAUUUGAUUCCUGGCCUGGGCAAAUUUGAUUCCUGGCCUGGGCAAAUGUGGUUCUGGUGGUCACUUUUCUUUACUUUGUUGUAAAAUAAAUCAAGUUUAAACUAAGUGUCUUUGCACUAUACAACCAGAUCUGCCACUUACGCACAUCUUUACUAUCCAGUACUGAAAGCAAGAAUGUGUUACAAACAAGUUUUUACUAUCUAACUUGAGCUACUGAAUAGAUCUUAAUGGGCUUUUGCGUACUCAUAUCUAUUACUUAUGCGGCCAUCGUGCACUUGGCUUUGUAGCAUUGCUCAUCAACACCCUGUUUACAUAUGACAUAAAAUCACAUGGUAUUUAUAUUGUGUUGAUUAUAUACUUUGAAAACCUGAGCUUCAUCAAUUCAUCAGCCUUAAUAAUAUCAGGGGUUUGAACGUUUAAGGUUAAUCCUGAAAUCAGUAUUGAGAGCUUUUAACUUUAGACUAUUGCAUAGAGAUUGGUUUUUGCUCUGAUAUUUGCAUCAAAAACAGUAGGAAGUACCUUGAAAUGAACUACCUGCCUUGGGUAUGUAUCCCUCACACUUAAACAGACCACAGCUGUUUUUCAGGAUUGACAACUAUCAGCUGUUGGAUCCCCUGUAAUAUAUGUUUGUAGUUCUAAACAUUUCACUAUGUUUGUGUCAGCGCUUAUGUUGUGUGUACAUGUAUUAUGAAAUCGGUUGUACUACAAAUAACCGUUUUCGCUAUUCUUAUACAAGUACGAGCUAUUGUGAGUGUUUUAAUGUUAUCUUGAGAUCAUAUGGAUUGUGUCAUUGAAAUUGUUGAAUAAAGACUGUUACUAUA